CGGCUUCCGUCCGACUUCCGGGUGGGUGUGGCCCGCUUAUCCGGAAUAGCCUUGCAAGCUAGGCAGCAAUUGCUACCUGGUAGCUAAUUCGAUUUUUGUGGAGCCGGUGUAACAACAAACAACCUCGUGUCAAGUUGCUACGCGCUGAUUUUGGUGGCCGCGGCUUGCGGCUGUGAUGCUUUGUCACGAUGGGGAAUCUGUUUGCCAAAAAGAAGCAGAGUCGAGUGACGGAACAAGACAAGGCCGUUUUGCAACUGAAACAGCAACGAGAUAAACUGAGGCAGUACCAGAAGAAGAUCGGCAUGCAACUGGAGAAGGAGAGACUUUUAGCCAAGCAGCUGCUGAAAGAUGGCAAGAAAGACAAAGCGCUGCUCCUGCUGAAGAAGAAGCGCUAUCAGGACCAACUGCUGGACAAGACGGACAACCAGAUCAGCAACCUGGAGCGCAUGGUUCAGGACUUGGAGUUCGCCCAGAUUGAAAAGAAGGUCCUCGACGGCCUCCGAGUGGGAAACGAAUGUCUGAAGAAAAUGCACGAGGUGAUGUCCAUCGAAGAAGUUGAGCGCAUCUUGGACGAGACGCAGGACGCCGUCGAAUACCAAAGGCAAAUUGACGAAAUGUUAGCGGGCUCGUUCUCCCAAGAGGAUGAAGACGCCAUACUGGCCGAGCUGGAGGCCAUCACUCAGGGAGACGUGCUGCUUCCUGACGUCCCGUCGGACCAACUCCCGGACACUCCCGAGGCUGGUGAGGAGAAAGCAGCGACAGAACGUCCGCGGAAGAAGGCAGAAAUGUUAGCGGCGUGAAGAUGGAGGAAAUGAUCUUCCAACAACCUUCUAAUUACCUUCAAUUUCUCUACAAACUUGAGCCCCGAGCGCAAUGAGGUUCUUCCGAAAAGGCCCGUCGUGCGCUGCCAUUCAGAACUGCUAAACUGCUCAAAGGCACACGUGUACUAUGUAGGCCAGGGGUGCCCACACUUUUUGGACCGAAGAUCUACUUUUCGAUCAACUAACCUCCCGGGAUCUACCAUUACUGGCGCUAACAACUUCCGGUGACGUCAUCACGCGCCAUCGUAAAUUCAAGAUUUACCUGCUUUAUUUUAUUUUUAAAACAUUUUCUUUUUGUGAAAAUGAGACUGAUAGGAUGCAGCGUACAUGAACACAAAAAAUAGAUUACUAACAUGUACAAAGACACACAACUGUUUUUUUUGUUUUUUUUUCUCCUCGACACUCCUCGGAACCUGUCUUAGAUCUACCGGUAGAUCAGGAUCGACCUAAUGGGCACCCCUGAUGUAGACUUUAUUUUAUUUUUUAACUUCAAAAUCUUUUUAAUGAGAUCUGGUGCCAAUUUCAAAAUAAAAGGGGGCUGGAUGAUGGACAUAAAUGGAAACAUUAAAAAAAAAAAGUUCAACCUGUGUGAGAAGCUCUUUGGCGUGUAUUCUUUUCACAAUAAAAAAUGCUUGUACAGUA